AAGGGAUGGACCCAAGGAAGAGAAUCGUCGGCUUGAGGAGUUCACACAGCGAAGCAUCUGGGAACAUCUAUUGAGUGUCAUGGAUAGGGUUAGAGUUGUCAACUACAUCUUGGGACUUCUGAGUUUGUUACUCUUGCAGGGUGUGAUAGAUGUGCAAGGAAGGAACUUAUUUAAUGCAGGUAACCAUGUUUUGAAUCCAAAAGAUGACAUAGAUAUCCAGAGUAAAAUUCUAUCACUGCUUCUGCACAAAAGUCUAGUUCCUCUUGAAAAGAAUGACGCUCCAGGGCUUGAAUUGGUGGAUAAAUUGGCUGAUUUAGAAGAGUUGGAGUCACUGAGGGACGAUCUGGAAAUGGAGAAGGAAAUCGCAGCUAAUUUAGUUGACAAACCAAUAACAAGGAAGAGGGGUGAACCUUGUUUCUGGAAGUACUGUGUGUGACAUGGGACUCCACGGAAAUAAGGAUCGAUGUGAAAUCUUGCUGCAACGCCCAGCAUAGCCUUAAGAACCCACAAUAUCACUUAUGUGAAUACUGUUUAUUUCAACAUCAUGAUUAAUCAGCGUCCUCAAGAAAUCGUCGUUUCGAGGUGCUCCCAUCAAGCGACCGCCGGUUUAAGACCAGUUAUUUGCCUCCCGCUUUAGUGUGUCUUCAUGUUGCUCUCUUGUGGCAAAAUGGAGCAUAACAUUUUUUGUACAUUGCCAGAAAGCAUUGUAAUAGAAAUAGAUUGUUCCUUUUAAAAAAAAUAAUAAAAUGUCAACGUAAA